UCAGUUGAGAGAGGCAUUCUAGAUCAUGUUACUUUUAACAUACAUGUUACAUACAAUGUUUAUUCCAGCAUUCUUCUAUUUCAAUUCUGAAAAUGUUUUUCUAACCUGUGAUAUUAUUCUCAAGUGGAAAUUCUGCUAACAAAUGUAUAUUUUAGGAUAGCUGAGGGGGUGAGCAUUUACUGUUACAUUUAAUAACAAUGUCUGGUUGAACCGAAUUGAAAGGGAUGGGAUUAUGGCUGGGGAUUUCAAGCGGCACAUUUAGAUCUAAUUCUGACACAGUUUGAUGUAUUUAUUAUUUAUUACUCGACUGAACUUACUGUAAAGUAAGUAAAGGUAAAGUUCAAAAUCUGAAGCUCUAGGCUUCACAGGCUGGAGUGCCUGUUUCUCUUUCCUUGGCAAUUGUACCAGACUGUACCACACGGCAGCUGUUUUUACCUUCACAGCAUAGUGUAUGCUGGUACCCAUUUAUACACCUGGGUAGAGAGUGACAAAUAGAUUAAAAGUGUCUUGCCUAAAAACACAAGCAACUUGGACAGCGUAGGUUUCAAGGUUGAGAGUCCCAGCCACAGCCUUUGCACCAAACGCUUCUACAUUUACUAUUGUAAAGCAGAAAAUUCAGUUGUUUUUAAUACGUUUUAUGCCAGGUAUGAAAAAAGUUGGUGUAAUGCUGUAAAUAUCAACAAGACUAUUCAAUAACUGAAGUAAUAUGGCAUCUAUACUAUACUCGUUUAAUCUAACAGACGGACAGGAACACACCAACGCAUCAGAUAUCUUCUCUGACGACGCCCUGGCUGAAAUUUCCAUGACUUUUGCUGUGAAAGUUAUCAUAUUCAUUGCGUUAACAGCAGUGAUGUUACUAAUUUUCUUGGGAAAUUGCUUAGUUUUGUUGGCUAUUUAUAAAGAAACCAUCUUACAUCAACCAGCAAACUAUUUAAUCGCAUCAUUAGCAUUAUCAGAUCUGCUCGUUUCAGUUCUCGUCAUGCCUAUAAGUUUGAUGUACGAAAUGACAGACGAAUGGAAGCUUGGGAAGACAGUAUGCAAUGUAUGGAUUUCGUUAGACGUACUCUGUUGCACAGCUAGCAUACUCAAUCUUUGCGUAAUUGCAUUGGAUCGCUAUUGGGCCAUUACCCAGCAUGUAAAUUACAUUCAGAAGCGGACGACAAAACGCAUGGUCAUAAUGAUCAUCUCGGUUUGGUUGGUUGCCAUGGUCAUAUCCGUCAUGUCUCUACUUGGUUUCAGGUCAAAGUACAACAGUUCGAACCAGUGCACGAUCAGUCAGAAUAAAUUCUACACAAUAUUUUCAACGUUUGGAGCUUUUUUCAUUCCGAUGACAGUUAUGCUGUUUGUAUAUUGGAGUACGUUCCGACAGGCUAUGAGACAUAUACACGGCAGAAGACAGACAUGUCUUGAUGCUGUUUCCGACUGUACGUCAACAAGAACCUUUAAAAACGAUGCAGUGGACAUGGCAUCUCCGUCACUCGUCAGGAAGUUAACAGCAAGGAAGAAGCUCAGAAGAGGGUUAACAAGCAAAACUUCGUUAAUAAUACAAAGGGAAAGGCGAGCAACUAAAACACUUUGCAUAGUUACGGGAACCUUUCUAAUAUGUUGGUUGCCAUUUUUUCUCACUGCGCUCAUUCUACCAUUUUGCACUUCUUGCUCGCUGCCUCGUGCAUGGAGGAGCACUUUCUUGUGGCUUGGCUACAGCAAUUCUGCUCUCAAUCCUGUUAUUUACACCAAGUACAGCAAACAAUUUCAAAAUGCCUUCCGCAAAAUUUUACAUUGUAAAUAAUUUCACUCCAGAAAAAUAUAAAAGCUGUACUUUAAGCCAGACUACAGAGGAAAAGAAAUGUUCAUAUGUUGUACAACCGAACACAAAAAUGUAUGAUGUUUGAUGAAAAACGAGGAAAGAGUUAAUGAGAUACACAUUUUUUAAUAUUUAAAAACUUGGGGGAAAAAGGGGCAUAACCACCCCCCCCCCCCAAUUUUUUAAUGUUCAAAAAUC